AUGUCAUUUAACCUUCUGCACGUCGUUAAACCUUUGGUGCCGUAUAUUCCCGAUGUCCAGUCUCCGUCGAGAACGAUUACUUUCCACGAAAGAUUUGUCUGGACAACGCUUGCAAUCCUGAUAUAUUUGGUUUCAUCUCAGGUCCCUUUGUUUGGAAUAAUUUCAAAUGACGCAGCGGAUCCCUUGCAAUGGAUGAGGGCAAUGAUGGCAUCUAACAGAGGAACACUCAUGGACCUUGGGACAAGUCCUGUGGUAACCUCCAGCCUUAUAAUGCAAUUUCUAACUAUGUCCGAGAUACUGAAGGUCGACUGGUCUAUCAAGGAGGAUAAGAACCUCCAUAAUGCAACGCAGAGGCUUAUAUCGCUUAUAAUGACGGUUGGGCAAGCAUUUGUGCAGGUCUACACAGGAUUCUAUGGCAACCCCAAAAGCCUUGGGACGAUCUACUGCCUUCUCCUUGUUAUGCAGCUGAUCUUUUCUGGUGUCAUAAUAAUCCUUUUGGACGAGCUUCUCCAGAAAGGAUAUGGCCUUGGAAAUGGAGUCAAUCUGUUUAUUGCAACAAAUGUCUGUGAAAGUAUUGUUUGGAAGGCCUUCAGCCCAAAGGUACUUUUCACCGGGCGAGGUAUAGAAUUUGAGGGGUCUGUGAUUGCACUAUUCCACCUUCUCGUUGUAAGAAAAAACAAAUUUGCAGCAAUAUACGAAGCUUUCUUCAGGCAGAACCUCCCGAAUCUAUUUUCGCUGCUUUCAACUGUCCUUCUAUUUGCAUUUGUAAUAUACCUCCAGGGGGUGAGGGUUGAACUUCCAACAGAGUCUUCACAGGUCCGAGGGCACGUCGCCAAGUUCCCUGUAAAAUUGCUCUAUACAUCCACCAUGCCUAUAAUCGCUCAGAAUUACAUAGUCGGGCAUGUUUCAUCCAUCUCUUCGUUCCUCUACAGGAGAUGGCCUCAGAACCUCAUUGUCAAGGCCCUCGGUGUCUGGAGUACAUCGAGGGGAGGAAGAUAUGUGCCUGUGAGUGGCAUCAGUUAUUACAUCACAUCCCCAGAAUCCAUUCUGGAGGGCCUGAAGGAUCCCCUGCGCUUCUUUGUCUAUCUCUCCAUCAUGCUUUUAACAUCCGCCAUUCUUAGUACGUCGUGGCUUGAGCUGAAUGAGCUAUCACCAGAAAAGGCAGCGCAGAAACUCAAAGAGUCAAGAAUGAGAUUGAAGGGUGUAAGGGAAGCAAACACAGUGACUGUUCUUUCUAGAUACAUUCCGACAGCAGCAUUUCUUGGCGGAAUUCUCACCUCCAUGGUUGUGAUACUUUCCAAUCUUUUUGAUGCCAUUGGAAGUGGUACAAACAUCUUCUUGGCCACCUCGAUUGUAAAUCAGUAUUUGGACAUGUUUGCUAAGGAAACAAUCCAAAAGAACAGUGAAAUAGGUUUUAUCGAGUAA